CAUGGAACGACCUGUCCUGAUCCCGAAAUUAGCGCGAAAAUUGGAAUGUGUGGAAAAUGACAGAUUGUUUUUCUUUUCUCGAGAAGCUAGAGCGAGAAAAUGGCGAAGGAAAGGAAAGCGAUCUUUUACAGAAAUGGAUACAUCUAAAGUCAACCAGAGAAAAGUUACUCGCAAAGCUAGAUCAUUGGAAUAGAACUGAGAGUCAAAUAGAAGAAGAAAUAGAAAGAGAGCUUUUACAACAGCAAUCAGAAGCUCAGAAUGAGAAGGUCAUCGAGAGACAUCAGUAUUUACAAGAUUUACUCAGUUUAUACAGGGUCACAGGUACACAUGUGUGUCACGAGGACAAGAGCCAGUUUACAGUUUGUUUGGAUGCCUCCUAUUAUGAUACUGUUGUAGAAUCCUACCUUAUAGAGUUAAAGGAGAACAAUACUGGAAAUGUGAUACAGCGGCAUUCAUUGCCUGAGUUCAUUCCCACACUUCAGCUGGAGAAAGAACACCUGACAAAAGGAGAUAUUGCAUCAUUUCUGUCCAUCAUUAAAAACUAUGUGCAAGCUUUCAUUUUCAAAAGAGAGGAACAAAGAAGAGUCAAGGAAAUGAUUGAAAGCAGUGGUUUUUCUUGUGACAUACAGAACACAUCAAGUUAUGAUUAUGUUGAGAUCAAGUUGGAGGACCCCAAGCAACUCUAUAGAAUAAAGCUGGUCUUUAGAUUAUUAAAUGUUCUACCAGACAAAGUACAGAUAGAGGAAGAUUCAGAGACACAGAGAAGCAUCAAAGAAUGGAAGAAUCUACUCUUAUCCAAGCCACUCGCUGAAUCUAUUUCUGAAAUCAUGAAAGACAUUUUAAAUUAACUUUACAUAUAUAUGUAUACAUGUACAUCAAUUAUGACAUAAACUUUCCUUGUACAUAGUACAUGUACAUACUCUCUUAAUGUGCUGAUACAUUCUUACUAAUUUUUUCCUUAAAUAAAGCUUAUAAGUAUCUUUU